UUAUAUUGUUGUAUUCGUCUUGACUGUGAGUUGUAUUUGUUGUACAUGUUCGUUUUGUAUACUUAUUAACUCAUAUAUUUAUUUUGUUUUUAGUUUUAUAUGUGUUUGAAUAUUAAGAAUUGAAUAUUGUUUAAGUAUUAACAAUGGGUCAAAGUCAUUCAGGUGGAGGAGGAGCUGGUGGUGAAAAAAAAGAUGACAAGGACAAGAAGAAGAAGUACGAACCACCAAUACCUACCAGAGUAGGCAAGAAAAGGAGGCGUGCAAAGGGUCCAGAUACAGCUACAAAACUUCCAUUAAUUACUCCACACACGAGAUGUCGUUUGAAGUUAUUAAAAUUAGAGCGUGUCAAGGAUUAUUUAUUGAUGGAAGAAGAAUUCAUUCAGAACCAAGAAAGACUCAAGCCCCAAGAAGAAAGGAAUGAAGUAAUCAUAAAUUGAAAUAAUAUAAUUUAAAUUUU